AUGGAGGGUAAUUCUGGGGGUGGAGGAGGUGGAGGAAGCAGCGGCGGCGGCGGCGGUAACGACGUAGAGCUACUAUGCAAGACUUUACAAGUGGAACACAAGCUGUUCUACUUUGAUCUGAAGGAGAAUCCUAGGGGAAGGUACCUGAAGAUAUCGGAGAAGACGUCAGCAACCAGGUCCACCAUCAUUGUACCCUUCGACGGCAUCUCCUGGUUCCUCGAUCUCUUUAAUUACUACGUCAAUUCAGAUAAGCAGGAAGUCUUUAGCAAAGAGCUCCAGCUCGACUCCAAGGUGUUCUACUUUGACAUAGGCGAAAACAGGCGGGGACGCUUUCUCAAGGUUUCUGAAGCCUCUGUUAGCCGAAACCGCAGCACUAUAAUUGUUCCUGCAGGAAGUGUGAGAGAUGAAGGCUGGGCAGCUUUUAGGAACAUUUUAGCCGAGAUCAAUGAAGCAUCAAGGCUCUUCAUUCUGCCUAAUCAGAACAGCGAAGCCUCAGAACAUCUGGUUGGGCUUUCAGAUGAUGUCGGAGCUGGCUUUAUAUCUGGCCACAGUUCUCAACCUGCUACAACGUCUGAUUUGAAUGCCGACCGGGCUUUAGAUUUGCCGCCAUCGGAUGAGAUUAGCAAUUUAGGCGUAUCAAAAGUUAUAAGGGUUGAUCAAAAGAGAUUCUUUUUUGAUCUUGGCAACAACAACAGGGGCCAUUUCUUAAGAAUAUCCGAGGUGGCAGGUUCUGAUCGAUCCUCAAUCAUUCUGCCAUUGUCAGGCUUGAAACAAUUUCACGAAAUGAUUGGUCAUUUCGUGGAAAUUACAAAGGAUCGGAUUGAAGGCAUGACAGGGGCAAAUGUACGGAUAGUAGACCCUCCUCAAAGAUAA